AUGGCACUACCCAAGGCUAAGGAAAUUAUAUCUACCAACCCCGUCGUCGUCUUCAGCAAGUCAUACUGUCCUUUCUGCGUGAGCGUGAAGCAAUUGUUGACGGAGAUUGGUGCUUCCUUCAAGGCUAUUGAAUUGGACGCUGAGAGUGAUGGAGGUGAUAUACAAUCUGCAUUGGCUGAAUUGACUGGACAACGCACCGUUCCGAAUGUCUUUAUCAGUGGGAAGCAUAUUGGUGGCUGUGACGCAACAACUGCUAUGCACAAGGGUGGAAAUCUUGUCCCGCUGCUAACUGAAGCUGGAGUGCUAGCCGAAUCUUCUGCUUAA